AUGUCGGAGUCAAAAUACUCAUUUCCUAAUUCGACCUCGACCCGUGAUCCAAAAUCAAUGUCAUUUAAACCGUCAUCCGCCGAUCAAAACAUGUCUUCUCCAAGCUCGGAACCAUUCUCAACACGUUCUCUUGCACCACUCGAGCCUCAACAUUCUGCCAUACCAUCUUACCUGACUGCUCAACGACGAGGUUCCAUCACUGAUCCAUCGCUCCAUCUUUCUGUCCCAAAUCCGGAGCUUGCAAGGCAAUAUUCUCAACCAGAUGUUAAUUUUCCUUCUACAUCAAGCUCAGGAACGAUCUCAUCGGAACGUAGAGGCUCAUUCGUGACGGAUCAGUAUCCUCCUUCACCCCCUUCGCAUUCUUCCUCCGUAAAAAGUGAUCAUUCCUUCACUCCGCUGGAAACACGCAAACUCAGGGAUUCGUUGCCAUCCAUCAGUGCUGGCGCGAGUCCAAUUAGGGAUGGCUUUCCGGGUCCGCUAAUUAACCCUGCAUUCCAGGCACAACUACAGACACGUCGUCAUUCGAUCGCCGUUGGUGAAGUGGCCGCGUCUCUUAAACAAAAAGGAAACAUCCCUGCUCCCAAUCAUCCAAUGGCUUCCGACGAUUAUCCUGUUAAACGGAGAGAAUCUGUUGGCGAUCCAAACAUACAACGGUUAUCAUUGUACGAUCGCCGAAGCUCUUACUCAGCUCCGUCCAGUCCACCUGCCCCACCUUCCUCCUCUCUCGUCCCUUCGGCAAAGCUUAAUGUUCAGGAUGUGGAAAAUAGUUUACAGGCUCAUACCGAAUCGGGUACAGCUCCUCCAUAUAGCGACAAUGGUUCGGAUCACCAAGGGACCGGCAGUAUUUCAACAAGUCAUCUCUCCGAUCAGAAUGAUCACGCACCUGUUUAUCCACCUUUCAACAACCUUCGAUUAUCGCAAAUCGUCCAAGAGGAGGUUAGUGCUCCCAUACUAGCCCGACGCGCAUCCAUGCCUGUCAUGACGUUCCCAUCGAGAUAUUCUGAUCCUGCUCAACAAGAUGGUGCUGUGCCGAUGGACGUUGAUCGUUAUCGUACUCAAGUUUACCAGAAUCACCAUCAUACAUAUCAUCCUUAUGCUUACGAUUAUCCAAAUUAUAUUCAACCACAAACGCCCGUAAAAGAAACACCAUAUUCACGUUCACCUGAACUAAGGAUAUCCCAUAAGCUUGCCGAGAGGAAGAGAAGAAAGGAGAUGAAGGAGCUCUUUGAUGAACUUAGAGAUUCGUUACCAGUUGACAAGAGCUUGAAGACAAGCAAAUGGGAAAUAUUGAGUAAAGCUGUGGAAUUCAUCAAUAAUCUAAAGCACAAUCAAGAUGAGAUGACCAAAGAAGUCGAAUCGUUGAGACAACAACUUGCCGCUUUUAAAGGAUGUGGUAACAG